AGCUUGCCCAAAGCCACAACGAUUAUAAGUAGUUUCCACUUCGUGGUGCUCUUCUUUGCUGGUGUGAGAUCCUCAAGGGCCAAUGUCCUUUAUCUCUAACUCUAGAGACUCACCCAGACCUUGGAAGAGGUUCACAUUCCUGCGUGCCGAGAUCGAUUAUGAGCCACCCUCGGUCUCAUUCGUUGACUUCCAAUAAAGCAUUGGCUGGUCGAGGUCUACAUCAGCAUUGUUUUCAUUGGUUAUAGCAACUCAGAAAAAUAUGUGGAAAAAUAUUAAAACUUUCAACAGUAUGAUUGCAAGGAAAUCAGAAUAAACGAGUUUAAAAUGCCUCUGACCCCAGUCCUUAGCUGAAGCCGUUCUCCAAGGGUUUUGCAAACCUGCUUUCUGACGCAUCUGGUAAACUUGCCCGGGGCGAACUGUCAGAAGAAGGUGCGGUCACCUGGAGUUUCCCAGUAGAUACUUUGCUGUCCCGGGAGGAAAUCAUCACCCGAGGACGUAAACCCUCCCGCCCUUCUUUCGGCUCAUAAAAAAAGCCUGGCACUACAGUCCCUACUGCGCUGCUGUGAACGUAGCUUUGAGAAGCAGGCGCCCAGUGAUGGGGCAAACAGCCAGGCCCUUCCAGCAGCGGUGAAAGCUCCAACAGCAAACUGCCUGGGAGCGGGGUAGGUCACCAACUUCGUUGCUCUAACUCCCUGGGUGUCCGCCGCGGUGGUUAAAAAGGGGUUCGGGGGUGCGGGACCCAGCCGCGCGGAGCCCACCACUGCCGCCCGAGGGGGGCCCGACGGUGUGGCGUGGCGCAAGAGCUCGGCUUUCUCUCGCCGCCGAAAGCGGGCCGCACCGAUGGCCAGAUUCCAGCAAGAUUAUGGAAGAGCAUAGCCAAAAGCAGCUAGAUUUACAAAAUGGGAGCUUAAAAGAAGACUCUGUGGUGCAUUCGAUUGAGAACGAUUUCCAAAACAUGAUGGAGAGCCUUAGCCCAAAGAAAUACUCUUCCAGUCUGAGAUUUAAGGCCAAUGGAGACUAUUCUGGCUCCUAUUUAACCCUCUCACAACCUGUGCCUGCAAAGAGAAGCCCUUCUCCUUUGGGAACCAGUGUCAGAAGCAGCUCCUCCUUAGCUAAAAUCCAGGGAAGCAAGCAGUUAUCUUAUGAUGGAACUGAUAAAAAUAUUUCCAUGAAACCUCCAACUCCUUUACUCAGCACUACAUCCUGCCUCAGUGGAUAUCCACCUGGAAGAGCAGACUUUGAUCAUUAUACUGGCCGGGACAGUGAAAGGGCCUUGAGGCUCUCAGAGAAGCCUCCCUAUUCCAAAUACAGCUCAAGGAAUAAAUCACAUGACAAUGUCUACUUUCUUGGAGGCCUGGAAGGUCGGAAGGCAUCUGGCUCACUCCUAGCCAUGUGGAAUGGAAGCUCCCUGAGUGAUGCUGGCCCCCCUCCUAUCAGCAGAUCGGGAGCUGCAAGCAUGCCUUCAAGCCCAAAGCAAGCCAGGAAAAUGAGCAUUCAGGACAGCCUGACGCUUCAACCCAAGUUAAGUAGACACAAGGAGCUUGCAUCUGAAAACAUCAAUUUGAGAACUAGGAAGUAUUCCGGCAGCAGCCUGAGUCACAUGGGAGCCUACAGCCGAUCACUUCCCAGGUUGUACAAAGCCACAGAGAACCAGCUGACACCCCUCAGCUUGCCUCCAAGAAACUCUCUGGGCAAUUCCAAACGAACAAAACUUGGGGAAAAGGAUCUACCUCAUAGCAUAAUAGACAACGACAAUUACCUUAAUUUUUCUUCUUUGAGCUCAGGGGCUUUACCCUAUAAAACCUCUGCUUCUGAAGGCAAUCCUUAUGUAAGUUCUACCCUCAGUGUCCCUGCCAGCCCUCGAGUGGCUCGGAAGAUGCUUCUGGCCUCCACCUCCUCCUGCGUCUCUGAUGACUUUGAUCGGGCUUCAUACGUGGGAACAAACUCGAGUCAUUCGCUUUUUGCUGGAGAAUCAGACAGAGUAUUUGCGACCAGGCGGAACUUCUCUUGUGGAUCUGUGGAGUCUGAUGAGGCUGAUUUGGAAAGCCUCAGACAGGCCUUAGGAACCCCUCAGCCUGUCCUUCGGGAACGGAAAAGCAGCAUUAGCUCUAUUUCGGGACGUGAGGACCUGAUGGAUUAUCACCGGCGGCAGAGGGAGGAAAGACUCAGGGAGCAGGAGAUGGAGCGAUUGGAGAGACAGCGUCUGGAGACCAUCCUCAAUCUCUGUGCUGAAUACACAAAGCCUGACAGUUGCUUAUCUACUGGGACCACCGUGGCAGAUGUGCAGAAAAUCAACAAGGAGCUUGAGAAGCUGCAGCUCUCUGAUGAGGAGUCUGUGUUUGAAGAAGCCCUCAUGAGCCCUGACACAAGAUACAGGUGCCACCGCCAAGAUUCUCUCCACGAUACAGACUUGGCAAGCUGUGGGAUUCUCAGUCAGAGCAGUACCAGCUUCCUUACCGCCAGGAGCACUAGGAAUGAUGAAGUACUCAGCGACCUCACCCGGACUCCCCCACCACCAUCCUCCACCUUUCCGAAAGCUUCCAGCGAGUCCUCUUAUCUAAGUAUCCUACCAAAGACCCCAGAGGAUAUAAGUGAAGAACAGAGAUCUCAGGAGUUGGCUGCAAUGGAAGACACCCGGAUAGUCAUUCUGAACAACCUCGAGGAACUUAAACAAAAAAUCAAAGACAUAAAUGAUCAGAUGGAUGAAUCUUCCAGAGAGUUGGAUAUGGAAUGUGCUCUCUUGGAUGGAGAACAGCAAUCUGAAACAACUGAACUUAUGAAGGAGAAGGAGAUUUUGGAUCAUCUAAACCGGAAAAUAGCUGAACUGGAAAAGAACAUUGUUGGUGAAAAGACCAAGGAGAAGGUAAAGCUUGAUGCUGAAAGGGAAAAACUAGAGAGGCUUCAGGAGCUUUACUCCGAGCAGAAGACCCAGCUGGACAAUUGUCCUGAGUCCAUGAGGGAACAGUUACAACAACAACUGAAGAGGGAUGCUGACCUGUUGGAUAUUGAAAGCAAACACUUUGAAGACCUGGAGUUCCAGCAGCUUGAACAUGAGAGCCGUCUAGAUGAAGAAAAGGAGAACUUGACUCAACAGCUCCUGCGUGAAGUUGCUGAAUAUCAACGGAACAUUGUUUCUAGAAAGGAAAAAAUUUCUGCAUUGAAAAAGCAAGCCAAUCACAUUGUUCAGCAGGCUCAGAGAGAACAAGAUCAUUUUGUGAAAGAAAAGAAUAAUUUAAUAAUGAUGUUGCAAAGAGAAAAGGAGAACCUUUGUAAUUUGGAAAAGAAAUACUCCAGCCUCUCUGGGGGGAAAGGGUUUCCCGUUAACCCCAAUACUUUAAAAGAGGGCUAUAUCAGUGUAAAUGAGAUUAAUGAGCCAUGUGGCAAUUCCACGAAUCUAUCCCCUUCCACUCAGUUUCCUGCUGAUGCUGAUGCUGUUGCCACUGAGCCUGCCACAGCUGUGCUGGCGAGCCAGCCACAGAGUAAAGAGCAAAGAUCAUCUGUCUGUUCUGGAUUUGUGUUUUCUUCCACCCUUUCUCCUCAUCCUAUCACUCAACAUACAUCAGCCCCAUGGCCUGAAUUCAUGGCUACAUCUGUCGAUCCUUUACCUUUAAAUGACACACCUCCUCCUCUACCAGCUAAGAAACACAGAAGGCAGCAGCCGCAGCAGCAGGAGCAACAGCACUUUAGAAGUCUGGAAGAAAGGAAAAAACAGCAUAAAGAAGGCCUCUAUCUGAGUGAUACUUUGCCUCGAAAGAAAACCACAUCUUCCAUCUCCCCACACUUCAGCAGUGCUACUAUGGGGAGAAGCAUCACCCCAAAGGCUCACCUGCCCCUAGGACAGAGUAACAGCUGUGGAAGUGUGCUCCCUCCCUCACUGGCAGCCAUGGCCAAAGACUCAGAAUCUCGGAGGAUGCUCAGAGGAAAGUCCAAGAAAGGAAGAAUGAAUUCCUCAGCAGGAGCAAUUAGUAAUUCCAAAAGUUCAAGUAUCAAAGGUUAUAAUCACCAACAGAUGAGUGAAGGACACAGGCAGAAAUCUGAAUUUUACAACCGCACAGCAUCUGAAUCAAAUGUCUACUUGAAUAGUUUCCAUUACCCAGAUCACAGCUACAAGGACCAGGCCUUUGAUACUUUGAGCCUAGAUAGCUCUGAUAGCAUGGAGACCAGCAUCUCUGCUUGCUCACCUGACAACAUCUCUAGUGCCAGCACUUCAAAUAUUGCUAGAAUAGAAGAAAUGGAGAGACUUUUGAAGCAGGCUCAUGCAGAAAAGACGCGGCUGCUUGAAUCCAGGGAACGGGAAAUGGAAGCCAAAAAACGAGCCCUGGAAGAAGAAAAACGACGCCGAGAAAUCCUGGAAAAACGGUUACAGGAAGAAACUAGCCAGAGGCAGAAGUUAAUAGAAAAGGAAGUAAAAAUAAGGGAGAAACAAAGGGCACAGGCUCGCCCUUUGACACGCUACCUGCCUGUCCGGAAGGAGGACUUUGAUUUGCGGAGCCACGUAGAGACUGCUGGUCACAAUAUUGACACCUGUUACCAUGUAUCAAUCACAGAGAAGACUUGCCGAGGAUUCCUCAUCAAAAUGGGAGGGAAAAUUAAAACGUGGAAAAAACGUUGGUUUGUUUUUGAUCGGAACAAGCGAACAUUUUCUUAUUAUGCAGACAAGCAUGAAACUAAAUUGAAAGGAGUAAUAUACUUUCAAGCCAUUGAAGAAGUGUAUUAUGAUCAUCUCAAGAAUGCUAAUAAGAGUCCUAAUCCGUUACUCACCUUUAGCGUCAAGACUCAUGACAGAAUCUAUUACAUGGUAGCCCCAUCACCAGAAGCCAUGCGGAUCUGGAUGGAUGUUAUAGUUACGGGGGCAGAAGGUUAUACUCACUUCUUGUUGUAGUGAACUGAGGCAACAGUCCACUUCAGGGCAGACUGCAAUAAUCUCUUACAAGAAUGAAGCCAUAUUCAAUCCCAGAUGAGAAAACCCAACAGAUCCAGCGCUUGAGCUGUGUAUACUCAGAACUCCUUUCAUAUCAAGAGAAGUUAUUUGUAAAAAAGAAAGGGUUUUAAUACAAACCUUGACAAUAAAUAGCAAAAGAAUUGAAGCUCCCAUGAGAAAGAAAACACUAUUUUGAUAAACGAACAUUUCAUAUAAACUGUUCUUAAUCAACUUUUGGUUUUAGUGAAAUAAACUAAACAGGUUAGAAAGUAUCUAUAUGUACUUGGAAAUACAGAAUAACUUUAGCACCCAAAUCAUUGGCAUUGACGUUAUUGGUAAUCAACUGGCUUUU